AUGUAUGACACAAAAAAAGUAAAUCAGUGGACAGAAUAUUCUUCUACCGGAAUUUCUCAAAGCCAAACAACAGAUGUGUGUGUCUUUGGAAAGGGCUACUUGGAAGAAACACCUGUGGAUGGAAAACCAGCAAUUACCAAAAUAAAACAUCAAAAAAGAAAUAGCAAAGAUAUUUCAGCUGGGACACCCUUAGGCACAGCAUCUUUAUAUGGCCAUGGGAGUGUAGAGGCAAGAUCAGGAGAUAUUACACCAGGCCAGGACAUGAUUGGUGUCAUAGGAAAAGGUUUAAACCCAGCAGAUACUAAUUCAAACAACCAAAAUAGUUCCAGCCCAACAGAAUGCUUCAACAUAAAAUCUGAUAUUGUAGGCAUGUCUGAUGGAGUUCACGGUUUGGGCAUCUCUAAUUGCUUUAAGGACAAGCAAAGUUUAUCAGAAAAUAAUCUAGAUGCCAGUACUAUAGAUGAUGACUUCAUGCAAAUAUCAAAAACCAUGAGAGAACGAAUGUCUGUAAGACGACGUAAAGGAGAUAAACCAAAACAGACAGAAAUUUCAAAUAAAUUUCCACUAGAAGUUCUACUGGCAGCAACGAAUUUUCCUGCCACAGAAAAACCUGGAAAACCUCCAAUGGGACCUAGGAUUAAACCUAAGUUGUUAAAUUCUGACAAUAGUCAACUGACUGGGAACUCCUCUUCAGAUCUCAAUAAUAAUCCUGAAAGUCUAACAUCAAUCCCAGCUGGUGGUCUGGAAGAAAUACAGCGUAAACUUAUUCAAGAUGACUGGAAAUUAAAAUGUGAGGCUCUCAAUUUAAUCAGGCAGUUGGCCAAGUUUCAUCCAAAUAUUUUUGAUUCUGGAUUUCAUCCAUUAAUAUUAGCAGUCACUAAGGAGGAACUAGACCAGACAAUCGGUUGCUUAUUAGCUUUGAUGGCUGUCAGCAAAGAAUUCAUCAGGAACGAUGUAGAAAAGGCUUUUGAUGUGAUGAUAGAUAAUGUAACCUGCUCGAAAGCUUUGCCGAUUCUCAUAUCCAAAGGUUUGAAAAUCCAUGGUAAAGAGAUACUCUAUCUUUUGCUGGAAAAUCCAAACCUUGAUCAACUUCUUGAAAAAUAUCUUCCCUCUGAAUCUGCUGCCACACUGAGAGCUCAAAUGGAUCACUUACAUAAGAAGAGUUUGAUGGACAUGUCAUAUGAUUCUUCUGCCCCUCAUUCUGCUAAAUCCUUACCCUCAUCCAGAGGUGGCUCUGCAGGAAGUCUAUUGAAUGCACAAAUAAGUCCCAAAAGACCAGUAUCUUUGAAGAACAUAGAAUCAGUACAAGAAGAAAUAAAAAAGAUGGGUAACCUUCUUUCUGCAAAUGACUGGCGAACCAGACAAAAGGGGCUGGAGGCUUUCAAAGAAAUGUGUGAAAUUAGUCCAGGCAUUGUUACUGCAAAUAUUACACAGGUAUUUGAUAAAUUUUUGCCUCGUCUGCAAGAUGCCAAUAGUAAGGUCAACUUGUUGGCUUUGAAAAUACUCUAUGAAGUCAUUCCAGUUCUUCAUGGGUCCAUGGGUCCAGUUGUUAAUUUAACUGUCAAUUGUGUAGCUACAAAUUUAUCAUCAAAGAAUACAGAAAUCCAUAGCACAGCAGUUAAAAUUAUAGAUUCACUUGUGCAUUAUCUUGAACCAUCUGUUUUACUUAGACCAUUUGCAAAUCAAGUGACCACAAAUGCCAGACGAUGUCCUGAAAUUAUACCAAAGAUCACAGAAUUGGUGGAGCAUGAGUACAAGAUCAAACCCAAACAAAUUGAGAUGCACAUUCUGCCUCUGUUGCUUCACCUUUUGAAUUGUGUUAAUGGCAGUGGCACUGUGCAAGGUGGGAGUUGCAGCCUACGACAGGCAACUACAAAUCUUAUAUCAGCCCUCAGUCAACAAAUGGGGCCAUCAUUAAUGGAAAAAUUUAGUCAACUAGUAGAUGUUACUCCUCGGCAUCAACAGUACCUACAAGAUAUCAUGAACCACACAUGA